CCGGCGGCUCCGCAGGUUUGGGGACCGACGGCGCCUAAAGAUGCUGAAGGGCGUCUGGCUGCUCGGGGUGUUCAGCGUGGCCGGGAUCCCGGCGCCCAGCCAGAGCCGCAAGCCCGCCAAAGACAUCUGCAGCAAGAGCCGCUGCCCCUGCGAGGAGAAGGAGAACGUGCUGAACAUCAACUGCGAGAACAAAGGCUUCACCACGGUCAGCCUGCUGCAGCCGCCCCCCUCCAAGAUCUACCAGCUCUUCCUCAGCGGCAACGCGCUCACCCGCCUGCACCCCAAUGAGUUCGUCAACUACUCCAACGCCGUGACCCUGCACCUGGGCAACAACGCCAUGCAGGAGAUCCGCACCGGCGCCUUCAGCGGGCUGCGCACGCUCAAGCGCCUGCACCUCAACAACAACCGCCUGGAGGUGCUGCGGGAGGACACCUUCCUGGGCCUGGAGAGCCUGGAGUACCUGCAGGCCGACUACAACUACAUCAGCGCCAUCGAGGCGGGCGCCUUCAGCCAGCUCAACAAGCUCAAGGUGCUCAUCCUCAACGACAACCUCCUGCUCUCGCUGCCCAGCAACGUGUUCCGCUUCGUGCUGCUCACCCACCUGGACCUGCGGGGCAACCGCCUCAAGAUGCUGCCCUUCGCCGGCGUGCUGGAGCACAUUGGUGGCAUCAUGGAGAUCCAGCUGGAGGAGAACCCCUGGAACUGCACCUGCGACCUGCUGCCCCUCAAAGCCUGGCUGGACACCAUCACCGUCUUCGUGGGCGAGAUCGUGUGCGAGACGCCCUUCCGGCUGCACGGCAAGGACGUGACCCAGCUCACCCGGCAGGACCUGUGCCCUCGCCGGAGCUCCAGCGACUCGAACCAGAGGGAGAAGCAUCCCGCCCCCUCGGACACCCACGUCCAGAGGCUGCCGCCCACCGCCAACUCUGCCGUCGGCCCCACCAGAGCCCCGAAAGCCAGCCGGCCACCCAAGACCCGGAACCGCCCGACGCCUCGGGUCACGGUGUCGAAAGACAGGCAGAUCUUUGGGCCCAUCAUGGUUUACCAGACCAAGUCCCCCGUGCCGAUUACUUGCCCCAGCGGCUGCGUCUGCACUUCGCAGAGCUCGGACAACGGCCUGAAUGUGAACUGCCAGGAGAAGAAGAUCAGCAACAUCUCAGAUCUGCACCCGAAACCCACCAGUCCAAAGAAGCUUUACCUGACGAGCAACUAUCUGCAAAUUGUCUAUAAAACCGAUCUCCCCGAAUACAGCUCUCUGGAUUUGUUGCACCUGGGGAACAACCGGAUCGCAGUGAUCCAGGAAGGUGCCUUUACAAACCUCACUAGUUUACGCAGACUCUAUCUCAACGGUAACUACCUUGAAGUCCUGUACCCCUCCAUGUUCGAAGGCCUGCACAGCUUGCAGUACCUCUACUUAGAGUAUAACGUCAUCAAGGAAAUCCUGCCCCACACUUUUGACGCUCUGAGUAACCUUCACCUCCUGUUUCUCAACAACAACUUGCUGAGGUCACUGCCCGAUAACGUGUUUGGUGGCACUUCCCUCACCAGGCUCAACCUUCGCAACAAUCACUUCUCACACUUGCCCGUGAGAGGGGUCCUGGACCAGCUCUCGGCUUUAAUUCAGAUAGACCUUCAAGAAAACCCUUGGGAUUGCACGUGUGACAUCAUGGGGCUGAGGAACUGGAUCGAGCAGGUCACCGAGCAGAGCCAUCAGCAGUCUGGUCCCCCUGUGGUGAUCAACGAAGUCAUAUGUGAGUCUCCGGCUAAGCACUCGGGCGAACACCUGAAGUUCCUGAGCAAGGAGGCCAUCUGCCCCGACAGCCCCGGGCUGUCCGACUCGACUCUCUUAUCCAUGGACCAGAACACAGAGACGCCACAUCUCCCUAGCGUCUUGCCCAGCUCCUAUCCCGAAAUACACACCGAGGUCCCGCUCUCAGUUUUAAUUUUAGGCUUGCUGGUGGUGUUUAUCCUGUCCGUCUGUUUUGGGGCAGGCCUGUUUGUCUUUGUGCUGAAGCGCCGGAAGGGAGUGCAGAGCGUGCCCAGCAGUGCCAACAACUUAGACAUCAGUUCAUUUCAGCUCCAGUAUGGGUCUUACAACACGGAGACCCACGAUAAAACUGAAGGGCAUGUUUAUAACUAUAUCCCCCCGCCGGUGGGGCAGAUGUGUCAAAACCCAAUCUACAUGCAGAAGGAAGGGGAUCCAGUGGCAUACUACAGGAAUCUCCACGAGUUUAGCUAUAGCAAUCUUGACCAUAAAAAAGACGACCCAACCAGCCUUGCAUUUACAAUCAGUGCAGCUGAAUUGCUGGAAAAGCAGUCCUCGUCAAGGGAACCGGAGCUGCUGUAUCAAAACAUUGCAGAGCGAGUCAAGGAACUCCCCAGUGGUGGAGUAGUUCAUUAUAACUUUUGCACCUUACCCAAAAGGCAGUUUGCCCCUUCCUAUGAAUCCAGACGCCAAAACCAGGACAGGAUAAAUAAAACUGUUUUAUAUGGGACUCCCAGGAAAUAUUUUGCAGAACAAUCAAAACCUGAGCAUCCUUUACUCCAAGGAAAGCUACAAACAGAACCAGACUACCUCGAAGUUCUGGAGAAACAAACUGCGAUUAGUCAGCUGUGAGGGUGGGCGGGAGGAAAGGAGGCAUUUUUAAAAGGUCUGCGCAUCAAACUUGAUGGCUUCAGAGUCAACAGCAAUGUGAUGUGUCACAUUCUCGCCCGUUCCACUUUUUUCAAUACUAAAAAAAAAAAGGAAAAGAAGUGGAAUCCUUAUACUACGCUGGGGGUGUGGUGUUGCUUUGGCAAGGUUCCCUUUAAGUUAUUUCUACAUCUCUGCCCCUUUAACUCACUCCCCUUUAGGAACAGUCUCUGCAAAUGAAUGUUUCUACCAUAGAUUUUGCAUAACUCUCUCUUUUUUGCCUUGGGAGGAAGAGAGGAAAGGGGGACUUGGGGUUAUUUUUUUUUUUUCAAUUAAAA